AUGCCUUUCGACUUUGUUACCAUGUCUCUGCGCAACAAUCCGAUACCCAAUGAUUUUGGUGGCCAUAUGCUUCAGCUCGCCCUGGCCAUAGAGGCCCACGACAAGGAAAUCGCGCUGAAUACACCCGCUCUUGAGAAGACGCGCAAAGCUAGGCUCAUAUUCGAUCGCAUGGCUAGACUUGUGGCUUCUAGUAUCUCUCUUGAUUGCGUCCGUCAUCGAAAAGUUCCUUUGCAUGGUUUUGCUUUAAGAGUCGACAUACAGAAUGCUCAUUUCGAGCGCCUGGCCGACACGAGAAUGAUGAACCAGCAACUAUGGCCAGUGUAG